AUGACGAUGAUGGCCUACGGAGGAUGGGGAAGCAGCAGCACGGCGCCGCCGCCGCUCACGCUGAAGCUCCAGGUGAACACCCGCACCAACCGCGUGGUCUGCGCCGAGGCCGAGAAGGACAUGGCGGACUUGCUCUUCUCCUUCGGCAACAUCCCCCUCGGCGCAGCCGGCAGGCUGCUUGGCAGGGGCUCCAUGGGGAGCUUCGGCAACUUGUCCCAGAGCCUCGGGGGGCUCCACGCCUCCUACAUCAUCGACCAAGACGCCAGGGACGCCCUGCUCGCGCCCACGGGCCGCGGCCUUCUCCUGCUUGCCGGCGGCGGGUCGUCGUCGUCGUCGUCUGGCGGGUUCGUGCGGGGGGCCGUGACCUACACGGUCAUGGACGACCUCACGGUCACCCCCAUGUCCGUCAUCUCUUUGGCCACCAUCCUCAAAAACAACAAAAUCAAGGACAUCGGCCACCUCGAGGAAAGGCCUGUCCUGGUGGGACCCACUGAGGCUCUGGAGUUACUGAAGGCGUCACUGCAGUCCAACACCGUACUCACCGACGUCUUCCUUAGGAGGGCCUGA